AUGUCUGCACCAAGUGGCGUCCCUGUCCCAUCUGUACCUCCUUCUUAUGAGGAAACAACAGGAAUCAAUGUGAACUAUCCUCAGACCCAUCCUACCCCAGGACAUGGCUCGAAACCCUCAUACGUGGGUCAGCCUUCACCAACGCAUAACCCCAUUACAGUUCAGACAGUGUAUGUGCAGCAACCAGUAGCAUUUUGUGACCGCCCAGUUCAGAUGUGCUGCCCUUCCUGCAACCAGAUAAUAGUGACACGUCUCUCAUAUAACUCAGGAGCUUUGACUUGGCUGUCAUGUGGUGGCCUCUUCCUGUUUGGGUGUGUAGCUGGCUGCUGCUUAAUUCCCUUCUGCGUUGAUGCCUUAAAGGAUGUGGAUCACAGCUGUCCAAACUGCAGUACUCUUCUUGGGUCUUACAAACGUUUAUAG